UGGAGGACCAUCGUCUGUUCGGGAAAAUGGUGUUGAUGAAAGUGAAUUAUGCUUCUGUUCUUUCCUCCAUCCCUCUACAGAUGGUUUACUACUUAAAUAUAUGUUAUUAUAUAUUUUAUUUUCUUACCAUUUUGCUAAUGGUUAUCUACAAAAGUCAGGUUUUUAGUUUCCCAGAUGGUAAUCUGGCUCUUGAUUUGAUUCUUCUGAUUCUUAUGAUAAUUCUGGAAGUGAUAAGGCUAUACCAUGGUUUCAAAGGGAAUCUGACUGAAGAAGCAAUUCCAAUAGUUAUUAACAUGGUUCUGACAAUUGGAAGUAUGUUGUUUUCCUUGUACUACUUGUUGUGGCAGACCUAUGUGCUGAGAGCGGAUGUAAUAAUCAAUGCAAUCCUGCUGGUAAUUUAUGGAUUGGAGGAAGUACUGGACAUAAUUGCUAUUUCAGCUUUUGUAAGGAUCUACACGUGAUGUAACUGAAAUGAUACAGCAUUCAUUUCGUUUAUCCACCAUUCCUAUCUCCUGGAUGACUUUGGAGUUUGUGUCAUAGGAUCAACAUUUUUUAAUUAAACUUUUGUGGGGAUAUUAUGUAAAUAUUGGUUAAUAUUCCUAUUAUGUAUUUUUGUAUUUUCUAAUUAAUCUGAUAGCUGCCUCCAAGAGGAUCCACAAACUUCUGAGGCUGCUGCUUUCCUCUUUUCAUUCAGCAUCACAAAGUGCCGCUGUUUAUUCUGUAUUAACUCUCAAUGCACUGCUCUGCUCAGAGGCAAUGUCCUUUAUUCAGUGUUCUGAGGGGAAGCCAAGUGAAAAGGAAGAUGGACAUACAUCUUAAAGCAGUGUCCUCUGCACUGAAUGACAAAUUGUGUUGUCAAUUGAUUGUGAACAAAAUUUUCAAUUUUAUUCUUUUGAGGGAAAGUAUCUAGUUUGUCAUAAUAAAAUGAAUUAUAAAGUUCGAAGUUUCAAGGUACACUUAUUAUGUAAGUAUGUAUGCAGUAUAAAACCCUGAGAUUUGUUUUCCCACAGACAGCCACUAAACAAAGAAAUGGAACCUGUUCAAAGAAAAUCAUCCAAUCCCCCCCUACAUGCAAUGCACAAAAAAAAAAGCAAAAAACACAAUAUAAAACACCAAAAUCAAACGAGUGCAGGCAUAUUCAGUUUGGUUCAGUUCAAUCUACCGAGGUGUCGUUCAUUAUCUGUUGGCUGGCCCAAUACUAUAUAUAAAAAAAAGGAGUGACCAGAACCAGAAAAUUAUCAUAACGUGAACUACAGAGUCCAAUCCACAAUCCUUACCCAGGAUCCAGGACUCUAGCACAAUCCUCCAGCAGCAUAGAGCGAGCAGCAGAGAGACAGACCACUCAAACACAGGGACCUUCCUUCAGGAGCAGCAGAUGAGGUACAGCCGCAUGCAGGCAUCUUCCUCUGACAGCAGCAAGUGAGAGGCUGGUAGCCGGUGCUGAACACCUGCAUGCCUUCUGCUCUCGCCUCAAUGAUUUCAAUCUUCCUCAACAGUUCAGUUGGCGAGAUCAGUGAGAAAUGGAGUUGGUCAUGGGGCCAUGCCCCGUCUCCAGGGUUCUUGGUCUCAAGGCUGCGUGCUUCCUCACCGAACACCCUUGGAGACAGCAAAGUGCCAUAUUGCUCAAUCGGCCCGGAAACACACCACCAAAACACAGAUCACAGGCUCUGACAGCAGCAGAACCACAUUUGAAAGAAAAAGACAUAAAAGAAGUGAAAGUAGUAGUUUGUUAACCGUUUGGAGGAUGUCCCUCUUGGUCAUGUUGUUUGCUGGCAUCAUCUUCUGGUUGAUGGAUAUUAAAAUUAACUUUUAUAGGUGUCAAUUACUGAGAAAUGCAAGAUAUUCAAUAUCAAGCUUCUGUUUUAUUUGGCUACAAAAAAUCAUUUACAUUGAAUUCUAUCAUACACAAGGACUAGCAAAGAUUGAAGUCUGACUGCUGUAGUAAUGAUGAUCAUUUUGCUUUUGCAUAGCGCAUAGAAGUUUGAGCAGUUUGGAAUCAGUCAGGAUUUUGAGAGCUGAUGGCAGAAGGUCUGCUGUGCUGCAUCUGUAUCCAACAAACAUUUAGUCAAAUUAUGGCUAUCAACCUUCCAGGAUACUUGCAGUAUCUUUGAUUGUAUUGAACUAUAUUCAUACCAA